UCUCGCGAUAUUUCCGCAGUGGGUGGUGGAGCCAGAGAUAUGGCAGCCGUCGUGCUGAGGUUCUGCCGUAAAGGACUGUCUCACAUUUUGAGGAAUGGAGCAGUCGCUACUUUCUCGCCAAAGACUUUGGGAGGUGAGUAUGAUACCACGGUUCGAUGUGUACCUGUUCACGGGAAAGCUUACAGGCUACGAUAUAAAAAUAAAUAGAGGAGGGGGUGUGGCAGAGGCAGGGUCGCCACUUGGUACCACAAACACAAAGUCAUAAACCCCGCCUAUUUCUACAAUUUAUCUUCUUAAAAUAAUGUUAAACUUAACCCUAACUACACUACUAACCGUAUGCUUAACACUAUCCUUAAAUUAAGACCAAAAAGCACAUUUUUCUUUUCAUACAUUUUUACGAUGUAACCAAUUUUGACUUAGUGGCAGUGGUACCUAGUGACAACACAACGGCAGGCCCGGUCAUCUGAAUGUAUUUGUUUGCUCAUGCACAUAUAAACUGCGCAGCACUUGCGUAUUCUCAGAUAUCGCACAAUCAAUGCUGGUAAGGAAUGGGCACAGUGUGUUGCAUUAUGGGUAUAAAAAUGGUCCUACUUGCGACUACAUGUCGACUGCAUGACCAUUACAACAACCAUGCGAUCAAAGGUCAAGAACUUUCGACUGCAGUUCCUCCUUACCAACUGCAAGUAGGAACCAAAUCAUUAUGGGAGACAACCCUAUUAUGUUGUUUUGGAAGUAAAAGGCGCUACAGUACAUUCGAAAAGUAUUCAGACCCCUUUUUCCACAUUUUGUUACGUUACAGCCUUAUUCUAAAAUGGAUUAAAUCGUUUUUUCCCCUCAUCAACUACACACAAUGACAUAAUGACAAAGCGAAAACAGGUUUUUAGAAAUGUUUGCAAAUGUAUAAAAAAAUUAUAAUACUGAAAUACCUUAUUUACAUAAGGAUUCAAACCCUUUGCUAUGAGACUCGAAAUUGAGCUCAGGUGCGUCCUGUUUCCAUUGAUCAUCCUUGAGAUGUUUCUACGACUUGAUUGGAGGCCACCUGUGGUAAAUUCAAUUGAUUGGACAUGAUUUGGAUAAGGCACACACCUGUCAAUAUAAGGUCCCACAGUUGACAGUGCAUGUCAAAGCAAAAACCAAGCCAUGAGGUUGAAGGAAUUGUCUGUAGAGUGCUGAGACAGGAUUGUGUCGAGGCACAGAUCUGGGGAAGGGUACCAAAAAAUGUCUGCAGCAUUAAAGGUCCCCAAGACAACAGUGGCCUCAAUCAUUCUUAAAUGGAAGAAGUUUGGAACCACCAAUACUCUUUCUAGAGCUGGCCGCCCGGCCAAACUGAGCAAUAGGGGGAGAAGGGCCUUGGUCAAGGGAGGUUACCAAGAGCCCGAUGGUUACUCUGACAGAGCUCCAGAGUUCCUCUGUGGAGAUGGGAGAACCUUCCAGGUGGACAACCAUCUCUGCGGCACUUCACCAAUCAGGCCUUUAUGGUAGUGGCCAGACGGAAGCCACUCCUCAGUAAAAGGCACAUGACAGCCAGCUUGGAGUUUGCCAAAAGGCACCUAAAGGACUCUCAGACCAUAAGAAACAAGAUUCUCUGGUCUGAUGAAGUUGGAGUUUGCAGACGACACAACAGUAGUAGGCUUGAUUACCAACAAUGACGAGACCGCCUACAGGAAGGAGGUGAGGGCUCUGGGAGUGUGGUGCCAGGAAAAUAACCUCUCACUCAACAUCAACAUAACAAAGGAGAUGAUCGUGGACUUCAGGAAACAGCAGAGGGUGCACCCCCCUAUCCACAUCGACCGGACCGCAGUGGAGAAGGUGGAACGCUUAAAGUUCCUUGGCGUACACAUCACCAACAAACUGAAAUGGUCCACCACGCAGAGAGUGUGGUGAAGAAGGCGCAACAGAGCCUCUUCAACCUCAGGGGGCUGAAGUAAUUCGUCUUGGCACCUAAAACCCUCACAAACUUUUACAGAUGCACAAUUGAGAGUAUCCUGUCGGGCUGUAUCACCACCUGGUACGGCAACUGCACCCGCCGCAACCGCAGGGCUCUCCAGAGGGUGGUGCGGUCUGCCGAAUGCAUUAUCGGGGGCAAACUACCCGCCCUCCAAGACACAUACAGCACCCGAUGUCGCAGGAAGGCCAAAAUGAUCAUCAAGGACAUCAACCACCCAUGCCACUGCCUGUUCACCCUGCUAUCAUCCAGAAGGCGAGGUCAGUACAGGUGCAUCAAAGCUGGGACCGAGAGAAUGAAAAACAGCUUCUAUCUCAAGGCCAUCAGGCUGUUAAAUAGCCAUCACUAGCACAUUAGAGGCUGCUGCUGCCUAUUGAAAUCACUGGCCACUUUAAGAAAUGGAACACUAGUCACUUAAAUAAUGUUUACAUAUCUUGCACUACUCAUCUCAUAUGGAUAUACUGCAUUCUAUAAUAUUCUACUGUAUCUUAGUCCAUGCCGCUCUGUCAUUGUCAUUGCUUGUCCAUAUAUUUUCUUAAAUUCCAUUCCUUAGUAGUUUUGUGUGUAUUAGGUAUAUGUUGUGAAAUUGUUUGAUAUUACUUGUUAGAUAUUACUGCACUGUCGGAGCUAGAAGCACAAGCAUUUCGCUACACCCGCUAUAACAUCUGCUAAACACGUGUAUGUGACAUAUAAAAUUUGAUUUGAUUUAUUUGAAACCAAGAUUGAACUCUUUGGCCUGAAUGCCAAGCGUCACGUCAGGAGGAAACCUGGCACCAUCCCUACGGUGAAGCAUGGUGGUGGCAGCAUCAUGCUGUGUUUUUCAGUGGCAGGGACUGGGAGACUAGUCAGGAUCGAGGGAGAGAUGAACGGAGCAAAGUACAAAGAGAUCCUUGAUGAAAACCUGCUCAGGACUAUAUUUUUAGGUGAAUAAUAACAACAAUAAUAAUAAUACUCAAUAGGCAAAUAUCACAGCCAAUCACAACACUGGCGGGUAAGUAAUACUGUGAAACACUGUCAUUCCUCUAUAAGCGGCAGAUAUGUUAUGGACAUUUUCAGAAAUUAGAAUUCAAAAAUUCUAAGAAAUCCUAUGUGUAGCAACUUUAAGGUUGACGCUCACAGGCAGGAGGAAAACAACUACAUCGACCAUGAUCCUUUGCUAGUUACGGCCACUUUCACCAUGAUCCUAAACAAAAAAAAUGUUUGUCCAUUCAGCAAUAUGGCCAGAGAUAUUAGAGAAAGGAGGACACCGGAAUCCCAUUGGGCAAUGACUGGAGGAACGUAUAACACCUCACCCAGCAUACUGUCGACCAAUCGCGUUCAUGUUGUCAUGCUGCGUCACAUGGUUGCUAAGCUAAUCAUCACGCAAUUCCUUCUCAAAGUAAGGGUAUGAGUCGAGUCCUUGUCCCAGAAUCGCCCAGAAUGGACCAUGCGGCCCAUUGAUGAUGCAUGGGCAACGUACACAAUGGGCGUUAAUAUGAUUCCAAUGGAGUUUUACAUCUCCUCAAAAGUAACUUAGUGGUUAAAAGCGUUGUGCCAGUAACCGAAAGGUCGCUGGUUCUAAUCCCUGAGCCGACUAGGUGAAAAAAUAUGUCAACGUGCCCUUGAGCAAGGCACUUAACCCUAGUUGCUCCUGUAAGUCGCUCUGGAUAAGCGCGUCUGCUAAAUGACUAAAAAUAAAAAAUAAAUAAUCUCUGAUAUGGCAUGCUUCAAAUUCAAAUACUUCCGGCUUCAUGCGCCAUCGGGAGUUUUCCAUAGGAAUACUGUAUGUGGAUGACAUCAGCGCUAUCACUAUCUACUGGUUUUAAUGUCUAUGGUUUGCACAGUCGCCCAGUGUAAAACGCAGGAGUAGCUGCUUUUUGCAAUGCUAGUAUUUACCAUAGAGAAUGAUAGAGGCCUCAAGUAGCCAAAAGGCUGUAUUAGCAUUGGCAGCGUCAUUGAGAGCUUUCACCAUUUUGAAUGUAGUCAAACUGAGUGGGACUUUCAACUUCAUUGGCUAAUCACUCAUGGUGACCCUGUUGGAGUCAUGUCCAACCGGGUCACCUGGACGGAUCAGCCAAUCGUGAAGAAAUUUGACUACUUCAAAAUGGAAUUUGCCUCAAUGGCGCUGCCCAUGCUUGCAGAGACGCUAUAAUGGCACAGAUACAAAGAGGAGUCCUCUAUCUAUCUCUAUGGUAUUUACACACUAGCUUUGCUGGGAAUUGUCUUGCAAAAAAAAAAAAGACUAGUCUGCCGAAAGCUAGCAAUUUACUCUGUUGAUUGUCUGUUGGCUUGGUCCUUAUGCAAGGGGGAAUUAGAGAAAAGCAUCUAAUGGAAAGUAUAAUUAAACAGAAUUUCCAAACUUGGGUCUGUUGUUGACCCAUGCAGUUUCUCAGCGAGGUCAGUUCCUCUCUGCUUACCUCAUGUCAAAAUAAAAGUCCCCCACAAGUUAUUGCUUCUUUGGGCAGGUAUGGUGCACGUGCAGGACUUUUAUUUUGACAUGAGGUAAGCGGAGAGGAACGUGGGUCUACAACAGACCCACGUUUGGAAAGUCUGUUAAAUUUAUGUUCUACAGAACAUCAGGGAAACUGGGCAGAAGGGAGUGGUACUUCAAAUACAGCAGAUCUGCAACAUCUUUAAUUGAGCCUCUCAUUCUCCUUAAUUGCCGCCUCAACACAUUAUGGAAAGAGAUUAACUGUAUAGGAAGUUCUGGGGACAUGUCGUCUGGAUACUGGACAGCCAAUACAUUGGCAUAUGGAAACAGAUUAUCAUCUUUAACAGACAGCUGUUCUUGAGGGCUCAAACUAAAAAAGCGGUGUGUGAUUUUGUUCAUACUGGUGAACUGCCAUUUGAGUUGUGUGGUUGCAAUAUCAACAGUCCUUUAUCUCUGGUAUAUAUUGGCAUGCAUCAAGUUUAAAUUGUGUGCAGCGUAAUGGACAUAUAAUGCACAAUGUCUCAGGAAAGACUGUCUUGGUUGUCAAUACUCAGUAUUGAAAAGAGUCGGCCCCGCAACCUGGACCUACAGGUCAUGGUGGAAACAUUUGAACACAAAAAUGCAAGGCAACACAGUCGCAUACUGUAGCUUCUAUAGGCCUCUACAUAGAAACACAUAGUGCCAUUAAUAGACUGGUUUAACGCACAACAACUUUCUAUCCAUGCUGGAGAGAGCGCGAGGACGGCUCAUAUCAUGCAGGUUCAGGUAGCCUAUACAGGACAGCUGUAUAUUCUAAACCAAUACAUUGGUUGCUGAUUAGUAUGCUGUUGUAUCGAAUAUUUAUUUUACAAUCUGCAACUUUAAUUACCGCCAGCCAGCAGUCUAAAUGGACGCCCUGCGACACCAUGUAUAGCUUCGUGAAAUGUUAGGCUUUUCAUGAGAAAAUGACAACCAAAUAGUUCUACCAAUAAACAUUUAUUCAUUAGCUAAAGCAAAGCUAUAGGCUGCAUGCCCUGGCACCACAGAAAGCCUAUCAUCAAUUCGAUAGGCAGCCGCAUAGACAUGUCGCAGUUUCAGCACAAUGGACAGCGAUCUGUAAUCUAUACUUUGUGUCUGGCUGACUCAUUAGAUUGUAAUAAAAUGUUUUUAGGGGGGCGCAAACUCAGACCUUGCGGGGGUCCAGAGAAACUGCGUUAUGCCAGUGCUAGCGUUGCUAAAAGCAGCUAGGGUAGCCUAGUUUUUAGACAUCAAUGCAAAUGCUGUUAAAUUAAAUAUAACCUUUUGCGUUAUAAUUUUCUUGGCUGGUAAUGUUAUUCUGUUUUAAUUGUUUUUAUAUUGUGAUAAGUAACACGUUUCCACCUGAAUUGCAUCGUGUCAGAGUCUGCUGUAUCAGGGUCUGUUCGGUAGGUUUCACUCUGGUGAUGUCAACAAAGCCUUGUCCCACAGCACUGGCCCAGAUCUAUUUUCAAAAUGUUACAUAAGAAUGCCUCAGCUGAUCAUUCCUUGCCUUGACUUCACCCUGAUUUUAGCUUUCAGGGGGGUUGCACCAAUCACCCAAAUACAACCUACAUUUUACAUGACACACACCAUUCUUAAAGACACACUCCUUUCUCACCUUUUGCAUUAAAUCACUUAUUCUAAUUCCGUCAUAGUCAAUUGGCACCUAUUGUGUGUGUGUGUGUCCUACAGGGGUGAGACAGAAGUCCUCUGUACAGUAUGCAACGAGGCCAGAGCUCCCUAAGCUGGCCUACCGCAGGAUAAAGGGGAAGAGUCCAGGCGUGGUCUUCCUGCCUGGGUAUGGAUCCAACAUGAACGGCCAGAAAGCUGAGGCCCUGGAGGAGUUCUGCAGAUCGCUAGGACACUCAUACCUUAGGUACUGUACUCUACCUGCCGCUGUGUAACGCAAUACACAGCGGCAGGUAACCUAGCGGUUAAGAGCGUUGGGCCAGUAACUGAAAGGUCGCUGGUUCGUAUCCCGAGCCGACUAUGUGAAAAAUCUCUGUGCCCUUGAGCAAGGCACUUAACCCUAAUUGCUACUGUAAGUCACUCUGGAUAAGAGCGUCUGCUAAAUGACUCAAAUGUAAUUAAAUGUUUGACAGAUGUCCCUCUUCAUAUUUCUCACAAAUAUAAAUACAAAUAAAUAAAAUUGCAUGAUUAUGGCAUAACUAAUUUCUUCAAGCUUCCAGUAAAGACAUACUGGUAAACAACUAACUUUCAAAUUAUGGCUGAACUUUGCCUCUUUUAGCCUCCCCAAGUUGCUAAAAUCUCUUGAUUAGGUUAUAGGUGUUGAACAAAGGUUGCUAUAGUAUUUUAACAAGAGGGUCUACUUGAUUUAAAUUUUAUUCGCUCUUGCUCGCCUCACUUUUCAGAAAAUGAAAUCGAGUACACGUUUAUUAAAAUUGCAUGGCCUAAUAAACCAUGUUAUAAAAAUACCAUGUUUAUAACGUCCUUUAAACCGUGGUACAUUACCCAAAUAUACCCCCUGAAUCUGAAUAUCUGAGGUAGGCAUACCUUAGCCAAACCUUUAUCCUGAUGUUCAUUGGCUGAAUAGACCCCCGAGCCUAUAUGUUAGGUAUGUUACGCAAAUACCACCCUUUAACUCAUGUUACCCAAAUAGACUGUGUUCUCUGAGUUAUUAUGCUAGCUUAGCCAGAUUUUGUCCCAUGUUUUAUUGUAUGUCUGACUGUGGUCCUCCAGGCUCAUGUUGUGUUUGUGGUUCCCCAGGUUUGACUACACAGGCCAUGGGUUAUCAGAGGGAGUGUUCACUGAAGGGACCAUCGGCACCUGGAAGAAAGAUGUCCUCUUCGUGUUGGAUGAACUAGCAGAGGGUCCACAGGUGAAAGAACUCUCCACUGGUAGAUCUAGAAUCAUACCUAAACUAGCCUUUAGAUAACUCUCGUAUCCAUAUGCAUGUAUUUAUGUGUGUAUUUAUUGGGAUUGAAAUUGGUAUUUGAUUUUGUUCAUUAUUAAAGUGUUUUGUAUUUUCAGAUCUGCGUUUAAGAGCUCAAAGACUAGUUUGACUUUAUAACCCAGUUAUAAACCGUCCCUUUCAAGUCUCUUACAUGACAUUGAUAUUUCAAAAUAUGCUCUGUUCAUUUUGCCCUCCAUAAUAUUUACUCAAUUUGUUGUGUAAGAUUUCAGUUAGAAUCUGUAUAAAAAAAGAAAUGUGGUACUGUAUUAAUGUUGUUGAAUUCAAACUGUGGUGUUAGUGGGCACUGUCACACAAAUUAAAUAGCAUCUCACACCACCAUGUAACGUUCACGUCACACACCGUUCAAUCAUUACCUGAGUAGCAUAGCCUCCCAUGCCAGACUUCAAGGCUCUUCUGGACAUUCAUCAGACACACAGUUAGUGAAUGAGACCAUUAGCAGGGCCAGAGUCACCAAUGGCCGAUAUUACUCCCUAUGUGCCUGUGAUGGUGAUGAUGAUUUGGAACCAAUUCAGGGAACAGAACCAAAAACCGAAAACAAUAAAACAUUUCCAGGAACGGAAACAGAACUGGGAACGAAAGUGAUCUUUGUACCGUUAUUUUCAAAUCUUGAGAACCAGUUAAUAAUGUAAUUUUUUGUUCCAAAAAUAUUCUUAAUAUCUUGUAUAUAAUUAUGUCAUUUAGUGACAUUAUGAUGCUAGUAAUAGCCUAAACACAUUCCAAUUCACAUCAUACAUGUAAACAACUAGCUUACAGUUCCAUAGCAAGCUUCUCUAUCCACAUUAAUUGGUGGAGUAAAUGAAUGGCAUAAAUGUAAAAGCCAUGUUGAGUUCACGGGGGGAAAAAUUUACUAAAAGGCACUAUAUGAACCGUUACUUUUUCUGGAUCAAACCAGUUCAGAACUUUAUUAUGCUGGUCGGAACACUCGAACGGAAUGAAAUACUGAGGGGUUGUGCUCGGAACGGAACGAUUGGAAAAUAAUUUCCCCUGGUUAGAAUCACAGCUGUUUUUAAAAACUACCUCUGUCCAUUGAAACUAGACGACCAUGGUGCUUCUCUGCAAAAGAGUCAGUUCAAAUGGAAGAAAGGAGACAAGGAUAGGAGACGAGGAGACAAGCGAAGCAAUCCAUAUCAAACUAUUGGUAUUUCUAUGUACCAUUGCUCCCUAUCCUAGAUCUAGGCAUCUUUAACAUAAUCAUGUAUUUCCCCAUGGUCUCUGUUUUAGAUCAUGGUGGGAUCCAGUAUGGGAGGCUGGCUCAUGCUGUUGGCAGCUAUCGCCAGGCCGGAGAAGACUGCAGCUCUGGUGGGCAUCUCCACGGCAGCAGACCACAUCGUCACAUCCUUCAAGUCAAUGUCUCUAGAGGUGAGAGAGGAUAUCAUUAAAUAAUGUAUGUGUGGUUAUGACCAGGGUUGUUGCUAAUUCCAUUUCUAUUCAAGGGGUGGUGAAUUGAAAUUCAAUGUUCUAUAUGAAUGUCAAUUCAUUAUUUGAUUUAAAAUGGAACUGAUCCCAUUUCACCACAGGUGCGUAAGGAGAUUGAAGUGAAGGGUGUGCUGACGGUGCCCACCAAGCACAGCGAGGAGGGCGCCUACACGUUCACCAUUGGCUUCCUGAAGGAGGCGGAGAACCACUGUGUCCUCCAGAGCCCCAUCCCCAUCACCUGCCCUGUGAGGCUCAUCCAUGGCCUGAAGGACGACGACGUGCCCUGGCACAUCUCCAUGCAGGUGGCCGAGCGCGUCCUCAGCCCCGACGUGGACAUCAUCCUCCGCCGCCACGGCCAGCACCGCAUGUCCGAGAAGGACGACAUCAGGCUCAUGGUCUACACCAUCGACGACCUCAUAGACAAGCUGACCACCCUCGUUUGAGUUGGUGGGGGGGAAAUGCACCCCAUUGGAGAGGCAGGAGCAGCCAUAUAUGAUCCCAGCUAUCCCACUCUCCCCUUACCCUACCUUCCAUUCUGCCCCUGGUCAGUUUGUCCUCAAUAUGCUGUUACAAAGCAAGAGAGAGAGACGAGGAUUAUCAAAAGUACAAACUGAUGGAACGAGGAACUCAUCUGUCAGAAACCUCAGCCAGGUCCCUGAUGCCUGCCUUGGGGAGGGAGUGUGUCUUUUACCAGUUUACGCAGUGUUGUUUUGGUAAACCUUUCUACGGGCCAUGCUGCGCUGCUAAUGCUGCCACUGUUUGUUUGACAGAACGUCCUGGUCCUUUUGCCAUACCCCAAUAGUUCUACUGUGCCUUUUUUACCAUGUCUCCCCGUUGGGCCAAUAAAGCCUCUGCACACCAGAGUGGAGCGCAGGUCUCAUCUGUCACUGCAUGCAGAUAUUAUGAGGUAAUCGCAGCACCCACAGGUAGAAUACACACAAACAACAUGCUCCAUCAAACUGCCUCCUACGCAGAAGCACUGUGAAAUAGUGUGGUGACCGGUCUAAACUGUAUUUCCACACUGUGUCCAUGCCAUACCUACCAAAAUGACCGUACACUGUAUCUCAAAAUAGCUAAAGAAAAGUCAAGAGGAAACAUAAGGUUAAAGGUUAUAUUUACGAGCACCACAUCCCAGAGGUCCCAUAGAAUGUUAAAAUAACCACCGAAGAUCACUUAAAGAUCGCCUUGUUUGAUUUAUUUUCAUAAUCUACUGUACAUCCACCCCCCAUCUCCAUGGGUCUGUUGUAGUGAAACGCCCCGCCCUGUCUGAGCCACUGGGCUGUUGAUUAACACGUGGUUGGUCAUUGGACUGUGUUCAAUGGGGCAGAAAGCCAGUCCUGCUGCAGCAGACACAGUAACUAUCUCUCUCUGAUCCCUUAACUGCUGCUCUAACCUUUCACUCUUCGACAGAAGGUAUGCAAUCAGUCACCUCCGCAUCACACUUAAACUUAAACAUGAGCACGCAUCGGGGUGUAAAACAAAACGCCUGAGUUAUGUAUGUACAUUACUGGUGAGGAAUUUACUAAUAUGUAGUGCUAGACCAUAUAUCCUAAUGACAAGGACUGGAAGUGCAUACACUCAGAUACAGUGAUGGUGAGAAUACUCCUGAAUUUAUUUUAGCCUGACAGUCAAAUGGUACAGUAUUGCGAUGAUGAUAGGAUUCAAAAGCUUAUCGGACAUUCUGGAAAAUCAUCUCUAUUUCCCGUAUUUCAACACUUUCUGGAGACUUUUUCCAGCUUGUGAUGCAUGUUGUCAUUUCAGUACUGUAGCCUUCACAGCACCCAGACCCUCUUUCCAGAUCUAUCUGGCAUCCACCUCUAUAACUCUAACCCAAUUAAAGCAGAGCAAUGGCUCUCAUUAUUGAAAUUGAGAGACAAGCUGCAAGUCAGACACUAAUGGGCUGUUCUGUGCCUUCCAAAUCUGCAGAUACAUUUAAGGUUGGCAUGAUGUUAAAGGUGAAAACAUGGUUUUAUUUAUCUGGUUCUAUAAAUUGUGAGUCUGGGCUCCAUCCGGUGUGAGAGUACUAAACACUUUUAUGUCAUGUGCCUUUUAGAUCUCGUCCAUGGGCAUGAUAAGUGGCGACCCGUCGUUCAGGGCAGAUGGGGCAGAGCCCCACCUGUUUAGCAAAAAAUAUAACUAUAUAUAACUAAAUAAAAAUAAAAAGUUUGCCAUGUUAUUUUGGCAUUAAUACG